AUGUCUUCUUUACCCUCGUACAACCGACAAACACCCAUGUCUCAAACAGGAUUAUUCGAUGAAAUGGACCAGUAUGAGGUUAUGGACUACACAUCAGAUCCUGUGAAAGAUGAUGUCUAUUGGGCCAGAGUUCAUUCUUUCUUAAAAGCAACAUCCCAUUCUACAAUUUCCCAACGCCUGGGACCAAAUCAUCCCAUUGCGACAGACUACUUUCGCACAAGCGGCAGUCUACAUAUGCAGUUCUGUCUAAUCAAGCUACAUUACCGCUUCAAUGUGGCAGAUAAUAUCCCUUAUAACAUGAUUGCCGACUUCACGUACAAUACAUGGCAUCUCUUCCUUCAAGAGACCCAGCAGCAGGCAAUAAUGCUAUCGUGCGGCGACUUCCCUACAGAGCCAGCUGUUCAGCCACAGAACAACUUCAUCGUUGAAAGACAAGCAUUCAUCCCUUCCGUUGCACCUCUUGCAACGUGUGCCAGCCGGGGCCCUCUGACUUCGGCAAUAUCUGCUGGUCAUGUUUCAAUCCCUGCCUCUGAUCCGAAUACGGAGGUUGAGUCAAUUCAACAAGCAUCUUUGAUUGAGGAUCAUGCGUCGGUCGCAAUUCCACAGACAGAUUUGGACGACGUCGAUAUGCCAAUGACAGCAGCAGCAAACCCACAAUCGUCUCGAAUCACGGUCUCGAAAGCUGAGGAGGAAGUUUGGAUGCUGGCAUGCAGUGAAUGCGGUUUCUGGAACAGAUGGAGGGAUCUGAAGUCACAUAUGAAACACGGCCAGGAUAUCACGGGGCUCAAAGUCUACCGAGGGGUGCCGGAGGAAGAACGAGUGUGGUACGGUCGAGACAACCAAGGUAAUUGUUACCAGGGCGAAAUGGCUGUACAUGAGGAGCGCAAGGGUAAGCGUCAAGCACCUGUGGGCGAGCCUUGCGCGGAAGGCGUUCAAGCAGAUCGACAAGCUCGUCACCAAGCAUAUAAAGCCAAAAAAGCGGGGGAGGAGUCGGCGGAGAAGGCGAAAGCAGAGGAAGCAGCAACAGCUCGAUCGCCAUUGGUGGUCGAUGCUGCUCCCUACCAAUCGUCUCCGUUCGAUCCUCUGACAUAUCAAUUCUCCUAG